AGAGAUGGCAUUCUCCUCUCCUCCUACCCUCUCUAUUUCUCUCCCUCUCCCCCGUGGAGGAGGACAGGGUGAUCGAGCACCCGUCCCACAGGCUGUGGUCAAACCUCAGGUUCUCACUCACCUCAUUGAAGGCUUCGUUAUCCAGGAGGGAGCCGAACCUUUCCCUGUGACUGGGCCAGUGAAAGAACUUCCUGUGGCUGUUCCACCCAUCCUACAUCCAGAGAACAUCCGCUCUGAUAAGUUAAAGUGCGAAUACUGUCUAAGAUUUGCACCAGCCAACCAGUUCAGACGAUCCAAGCGCUUCUGUUCCAAAACCUGUGCCAAGAGGUACAAUGUCAGCUGCAGUAACCACUACCGUGUUAGUAGGGGUCUUGAGGUGUAGAACGGCCACCAGGGGCCCCUGCUGUGCAGGAUGUUAUUGCUAGACGCAGAGGUCCUCGCAGAAGCAGCUCUGAGAUCGCCUGUGCUAAAAAUAACAGGCAGGCAUCUUCCCGUAAAGUGUCGUUCAGAAUCGAGGACAUCUCCAGCUGUGAGGGUGAGGAAGAGGAAGACUUCCUGUCGCUCUCUCCCGGCUCGUCCUUCUCAUGCCCAAGACCAACCCACUAUGGCCCUCAGUUGGAUGACACAGCACCAAGUGGCCUCCCGGUGGAUGAGAACCACUUCCUAUCUGGCAACCCGUCUCACUGGAGCGUGGAGGAAGUGUGUCAGUUCAUUUCUUCUCUUCAAGGUUGUGAGGACCUGGCAUCCCAGUUCUUGUCACAGGAGAUUGAUGGGCAGGCACUGAUGCUACUUAAGGAAGAGCAUCUUAUGUCCACCAUGAACAUCAAACUCGGUCCUGCUCUCAAAAUCUGUGCUUCUAUCAACAGCCUGAAGGAUUGA